AUGGACAAUCGCCUGACCAUCCAGGCUAACCUCAACAGACUCCAGUGGGUCCAGCUGGUCGAUCUGACAGAGAUUUAUGGAGAACGUCUUUACGAGACCAGUUACAGACUCUCUAAAAAUGAGGCUCCGGAAGGGAAUCUCGGGGACUUCGCGGAGUUUCAGAGGAGACACAGCAUGCAGACUCCGGUCAGGAUGGAGUGGUCGGGCAUCUGCACCACUCAGCAGGUCAAGCAUAACAACGAGUGCCGGGACGUGGGCAGCGUGCUCCUGGCGGUCCUCUUUGAGAACGGCGACAUUGCCGUGUGGCAGUUUCAGUUGCCCUUUGUAGGGAAGGAGUCCAUCUCUUCGUGCAACACGAUCGAGUCCGGAAUCAACUCUCCCAGUGUUUUGUUCUGGUGGGAAUACGAGCACAAUAAUCGGAAAAUGAGCGGCCUUAUCGUGGGGAGUGCUUUUGGACCUGUGAAAAUCCUGCCCGUCAAUCUCAAAGCAGUUAAAGGCUAUUUCACUCUCAGGCAGCCUGUUGUCUUGUGGAAAGAGAUGGACCAGUUGCCAGUGCACAGCAUUAAGUGUGUCCCGCUCUAUCACCCUUACCAGAAGUGCAGCUGUAGCUUGGUGGUGGCAGCAAGAGGAUCCUAUGUGUUCUGGUGUCUUCUUCUGAUCUCCAAAGCCGGCCUCAACGUUCACAAUUCCCACGUCACAGGCCUUCACUCGCUGCCGAUCGUCUCCAUGACUGCGGACAAGCAGAACGGGACGGUGUAUACUUGUUCCAGUGACGGGAAGGUGAGGCAGCUGAUUCCCAUUUUCACAGAUGUGGCGUUAAAGUUUGAACACCAGCUAAUUAAACUCUCGGAUGUGUUUGGCUCCGUGAGGACGCACGGGAUAGCGGUGAGCCCCUGCGGCGCGUACCUGGCCGUCAUUACGACCGAGGGCAUGGUCAACGGCCUCCACCCCGUUAACAAAAACUACCAGGUCCAGUUCGUUACUCUCAAAACCUUUGAAGAAGCAGCUGCUCAGCUCCUGGAGUCUUCCGUUCAGAAUCUCUUCAAGCAGGUUGAUUUAAUAGAUCUGGUUCGCUGGAAGAUUUUAAAAGAUAAACACAUCCCGCAGUUUUUACAAGAAGCUUUGGAAAAAAAGAUCGAAAGCAGUGGGGCCACGUAUUUUUGGCGUUUCAAACUGUUCCUCUUGAGGAUUUUGUAUCAGUCGAUGCAGAAAACCCCUUCAGAAGCGUUAUGGAAACCGUCCCACGAGGACUCCAAAAUCUUACUCGUUGACUCCCCUGGGAUGGGCAAUGCCGAGGAGGAACAAGAGGAAGGCACUUCCAGACAGGCCAGUAGGCAGGGCCUUCAGGAGAGGAGCAGAGAGGGCGAUCCCGAGGACCCCAUCGACGACUCGCUGACCCCAUCUGGAGACGCCGGGGGCCGGGAGCCGAUGGAAGAGAAGCUCCUGGAGAUCCAAGGGAAGAUCGAAGGCGUGGAAAUGCACUUGACCAGGGAGCACAUGAAGCGGGUCUUAGGAGAAGUGUACCUGCACACCUGGAUCACAGAGAACACGAGCAUCCCCACCAGGGGCCUCUGCAACUUUCUGAUGUCUGACGAGGAGUACGAUGACCGCACGGCACGGGUGCUGAUUGGACACAUCUCAAAGAAGAUGAACAAACAGACCUUCCCUGAGCACUGUAGUUUGUGUAAAGAGAUCUUGCCAUUCACAGAUCGCAAACAGGCAGUCUGCUCCAAUGGCCACAUCUGGCUCCGGUUUGUGCCGCACUGA